AUGGCACCACAACCACGAAGAUCCGAAAGAUUGGCCUUACUGGCAUCGAAAAAACAGACAUCGGAACGUGAGGCAUCCAAACAACUGGCGCCACAACCACGAAGGUCCGAAAGAUUGGCCUUACUGGCAAAGCGAUCUAUCUUUCCAUUCAUGUCACUUCCAGCCGAGAUUAGGAUCCAAAUUUACAAAAUUGGCACCCCAUCAUCAUGUAUUGGCAUCCCCUACAGCAAGGGCCAGUUUUCAAUACGAUACCACCGUUUCAGCCUUUCUAGGGCUUUCGGUCACGAUGUGAACUCUAUCCCAUUUCCACCUCACAUUAAAGCCCUCCUGCGAGUCAAAGAAAUACGACAUGACAUGCUGCCUCAUCUUCAUCUUGCCUGGGUCGGAGACCUUGCACCGCCUAUGCCAUCCUACUGGAACAACUUUACCUGCUGGGACAGAUUUAGGCGCUCAGCAAUUCCAGCCAUCACACACUUGACCGUUGGCAUCACCAGAUUAUACUGGAACUAUUCCUCCGGAACGCAAUACCGCCAGCAGCUGAUGAGGUGGAUGCGGUGGAUGCGGUGGCGCAGUCAACAGACCUCACGAUUUCGUUGGAAUCUGACCCAUCUCACGCUGAUUGAGGAACCCGGCUACUGGACGAGCCUUUCUCAUUUGGUCCCUAAUGCUGCGAGGCGGCAAUUGGUUUGGCUACCAGGUCGAGCGGAGAAACCUAAGAAAUCCGAGGCAGUCGUCAGAGAAUUCCCCAUGAUCAAGGGGCUGAGAGAACUCAAACUGGUUCUUUUGGAGCAGCCAGGCCCGGUCUUCCUUGACAGACUGUCAAAAAAGUGUGAAGCGCACGGCACUAGCUUGACAAUCCCAGAGAUUCCGCUGUUUCCGUAG